UCUUGUCCAUGCUGUCUCUCUUUAACGAACAUUAAGCCUUGUCCUUAAUUAAUCUCAGUGGCUAGAGUGGAUCAAACCCACUGGCUGCACCCAUUGAUCCCAAAGAAGAAAGACUCUUGAAAAGAUGAUUAUAUCUCAGCUAACAUGCUCCAUUGUGCAGUCUGGUGAGUAUUUGACUUGUUGCCUGAUAGAUGAGCAUGACUUAAAUAAGGAGUUGGGGUCAGUGGUUAUAUUUACUUUUUACAGGAGGAGGAGCUGUGUGUGCAACAGUAGCAGGAUAUAAAAUGUGACCUCUCCUCUGCACAUCUCUUCUAGAAGCCUGAGUGUGACAGUGUGUACCACCAUGAAGACCUGCGUGCUGUUAUCACUGCUGCUGGCGUUGGGUUGUGUGACCAUCAAUGGUGCACCAGUGGAGCGUGGUGGCAUGGAGCCAGGUUCAUGUGAAGACGCAUCAACAAAAGCAGCUGCUGAACUGGCUCUUACCAAAAUCAACCAGGACAGGAAGGAGGGCUACAUCUUCAGCCUGCACCGCCUGUCCAACGCACACAUAAAGAGACAUGGAGAUAAUGGUGUGGUCUCCUACCUGACUCUGGAUGUCGUGGAGACCAAAUGCAGCGUUCUCAGCAAGAAGGACUGGAAGAGCUGUGAGACUCGUCCCACUGCAAACAUGCCGGUAUAUGGACAGUGCAAAGCUGCUAUCUUCAUCAACAAGGUGCACAGAGUGGAGCGUCUCUACAAAUACAGCUGUGUUAUCAGACCAGGUAGGGUGCAUGAGAGCUGUCCCGGCUGUCCAUAUUUACCUCGCAAUAAUGAGGAAGCUGAAGUUCAGAAGACUGUGACCAAGUCUCUGGAGAAAUUCCACAACCAGAGCAGGCUGGCCAAUCGGUUCACUCUGCUCAAAAUCUCCCGUGCUACUGCACAGGUUGUCGCAGGUUCAAUUUACCGUGUGGAAUACACCAUCCAGGAGACCACCUGCCCCCACAGCACAGAAGCAGUGACGGCUGAGAACUGCCCCCCUAUGGACUGCGAGUUUGCUCACAAGGGCUUCUGUAAGGCAUCCCUCUUCCAGCCUCUUUUUGAUGAGGAGCAAAUUAAUGUCGACUGUGAGCUCUAUGUGCCUGAGGCUGCUAAGAGACAGAUGAUGCUCCCCCUGCUGGGUGGAGAGACUGACCACAGCCACAACGACACACAAUCACACAGCCACGACCACACCAAGAGCCACUCGCAUCAUGGCCACAACAGGAACCAAACUGAUGACCACAAUCACCACCAAACACAUGACCAUGCCACAGGCAGUUCCCACAGGCACUGGGACCACUCCCACGACCACGGUCUGAACCACGAUCAUGUGCACACUCAUCAUGCCAAGGCACACAACAAGCACGCUGUAGGUGUGCACAUCCAUGAGCAUGACCACGAGCUGGCUCUGGACCACGACCACAAGCACGGUCACCUACAUGAACACGAGCACCACCACCAUCCCCACGAGCACGAACAUGAGAACACACCCCACGAUGAUGCAAAGGGAACAGUGAUAGUCCUGCCUGCCUUGGGCCAGCCUGUGACCUUGUCUUCCUUCCCUGAUGUCCCCGCCGGUGGGCCUGGAGUUGGAGUCACUCUCCCACUUAAGCCUGACCCUCAGGUUCCCGGACAGAUGGAGCCCGCCAUCGAGCCCUUCCCAACCUCAGUCUCUGCCCUGUGCCCCACCAAAAAGGGAGGGGAUCAAGGUGUGGGGAUUCUCUUUGCUAAUGACCCCAUGUUCAAGCCGGCUGCAUAAUGUGGUGUAUGAAAAUGUAAUAAACACAGUGUGCAAAACUCAU